UCAGCAGCUGCCAUCACAAUGGGAAUAUUGGAUUGAAUGUGUAUAUAUUCAUACGCAUUAUCAUCAGUUGAAGAGAAAUGAAAUAAUCAAAUGAUAAUUCCUGAAACUGAACGAAGUUUUGAUAGGUGAUCUUUGUCUCCUACAUAAUCACUGUACUGACAAUAUUUAUUGUGUAUCUCCUCUCAGAGAAAAGCAUAAUGCCCUCAUUUCUUAAUGUCAUCGAUUCAAAACAAGGCUAAAUUUGCAUAGGAGUGGUAGAAAUGAUAUUCUAACCUAUCAACAGAGUGAUACAAAGUGACCUAACAUGGAAACAUCGGACGAUUCUAGUUCAUCUUUGGAAAUUGAAAACCCCACAACAACAUCUCUGAAUGAGAACAAGGAAAGUCUGGACAAGUCUCUGAGACACCUCAAAAAAUGGGUUGAAGAAAACAAGAACCUUCACAUCAGGAAUGAGGACAAGUAUAUAGUGAUUUUCCUCAGGUGUUGCAAAUACGAUUUGGCGAAGACCAAGAAGAAAAUAGAAGAUUUUUAUCGGAUGAAGAAGACAAGGCAUCAGUUGUUCACCAACCGCGAUCCAUUCUCAGCAGAAGUCCAGGGCCUCAUCAAGAUGGGAACCUUUUUCGUGCUGAAAAAUCCCCAGGGAAACUGCCCCGUAGUCAUCAUCAGGCCCUCCAUAAGAGAUCCUUCGAUCUACAACAUGGAUCAAGUGUUGAAAAGCGGAUCUAUGGUCAUGGACGUUUUGGCUAUGGAAGAUGAACUGGCGCAACUUUAUGGAAUCAUCACAGUGGUAGACCUUACGAACACUGGUCUUUCGAAUGUCACCGAAUUGUCCGUUUCUCGGUUGAAGGAUAUGGUGUCUGUGUGGCAGAAUUAUUACUGUAGGCCACAGAAGAUACUGUUCAUAAACGUGCCCGCUUACAUAAAUGUGUUUUUGAAAAUGGUCAAGAGUUUCAUGACUGCUAAGAUGCGAGGACGUGUUGAAGUAAAUCGCGGUAGUGAUGCUCUGACUGAAGUUUUGGAUAAAAAAAUUUUGCCGCCGGAGUACGGGGGAGAGGGUGAAACAAUAGAAGAAUUGUCGUGCUAUUGGGCCAACAAAUUGACUUCUUACUUUCAGUGGUUUAAAGAAGAUGAAAAAUUCAAAGCUAUUUAACGCUCUCUUGUUAUUUUUCCGCUGUUUUUAAUCGUUAAAAAAUUUCUAUUUCUAUGAUAUUGUUUUUGUUCCAUUUAAAAUAAAAUUUUUAUUACUA